GACAGGUGGUGCGGAUUCGGGCGGUCAGUCGACCACCGGCGCUUCUUAGCGAGAGUCUCCCGUGACACCCGAGCGAUCCCGCGCCUCGAGCACCCGUGACCCCACACAGGCCAGUAGCGCAGUCACACAGUCUCCAGCCAGCCGCCGAGUGAGGUGCCCGCGCGCAACAUGGCCGCUCAGUUCACGCGCAAGGAGGUCGAGGCGCGCAACCAGCGCGACAACGCCGCCAUCAUCAUCGACAACGUGGUGUACGACGUAACGCCGUUCUUCGACGACCACCCGGCGGAGGUGCUGCUGGACAACGCGGGCAACGCCUCGCAGUGCUUCCACGACGUGGGCCACAGCGAGAUCGCGCUCGAGUGGCGCCAGCAGUUCGUGGCGGGCGAGGUGGUGCCGGAGGAGCACUGGCCGGUGCGCUCGCGCGACCAGCAGGCGCAGCAGGCGGCCGAGCCGCUCACGCUGGCCACGCUGAUCAGCGUGUGGGGGCCGCCGCUCGUGCUGGCCGCGCUCGCCGCGCUCUUCUACAUGUACCUGUUCCCGUAGCCCGCGCUUAUCACAUUGCGCUGCAGUGCUUUACCACUCCAUUUAACGGAACGAAUGUGCAAUUCUGGGAGAGUGGCAGUGGAAAUAAGGGUUAAAGGUGGGGUUUUGUGGUAUAUUCGGGGCCAGGAAAGUGUAUUUAGCAGCAGUACCUAAGUAUAGAAACACAUGAAACUGGUUUACCGAAUGUCAUGUAGGCAUCGACUGCAGCUGUGGCGGCUCUCGGCGCUCGUCAUGCGGACGGAGCGCGGUGUAGUAUACUUUGUGCAUAGUUUAAUAAAUAUAAAUGUUAGCGAAAUGUUGUAAGUACUUGCAUAAAAUUGUGAUUUGUGUUGGUAUUUUUUUUUAAUUACGUAAUUGAAUGAA